AAUCAUGAAGCUAUCAGUCUAGCAGGAGAUGAGCGACGGUUCACCUUUAAAAACCAGGUUAAAAUAAGGGAACCUCUUCCGAAAUGCAAUAAAAGUUUUUUUUGCCUAAGCUACCGUUUUGGAACAUUUUUAAGCACCGGUUCAUUCCCAGCUGCCACGGCCGCUCAUUUGCCUUUUGCCUGGCUUUACAGCAGCAGUUGCCUAAACCCUCAUCGUCAUGCCAGAGCCUACCAAAGAGCAAAUUCAAGAAGUCUUUAAAAAGUUGAAAUCAAGCAGAUACAACAAGGUUUGCUUUGAUUGUAACGCGAAAUCCCCAACAUGGUCAUCUGUUACCUUUGGUAUCUACUUGUGUCUUGACUGUUCUGCAUCUCAUAGAAAUAUGGGUGUUCAUAUUAGCUUUGUUAGGUCAACGGUCUUGGAUACUUGGACCUGGGAUCAACUUCGCACAAUGAAAGUCGGCGGUAACCAAGCUGCCAGAGAAUACUUUUCUGCACAUGCUGGUUCAUCUGCUAAUAAGGAUGCUAGAACGAAAUACUCCAGCCCUGCUGGAACCAAGUACAAAGAAGUGUUGGCCCAGCGCGCCAAAGAGGAUGCUAUAGCUCACCCAUCUUUGUUGGACCUUGAAACUGAGAAAGAGGCUGUCACACCCGCUUCAUCGACGCCUCUCUCACCUGCUGUGUCGGCUGCGAGCAACACCACCACGCCUGAUGUACAAAAAGAAAAUGAUGACUUCUUCACCAACUUUGAAAAGCCAAAGCCAGCCUCUAGAACCAGUUCUAGUCGCACAACAGCCUCGUUACGAAGUAAAUCUAACCUUUCAUCAUCCGCCAGUCGUGCACGAGUUGGAGCCAAACCUUUGAAGCUUGGUGCAAAGAAAGGAGCUGCAACAUUCAACUUCGAAGAAGCUGAGGCAAGAGCUAAAGAGGAGAGUGAGCGGGCUGCUAAACUUGGCUACGAUCCCGCCGCUGAAGCUGCCGAAGAAGCAGCGGCUGCCGAGGAAUCCAACUCCGGUUCAACUUAUUCGUCCAGAUUCACGUACAACGACAACUCAGUAUCCAGCAGCAGCAAUAACCAAGCUACUGAGAAACAAGAAGAUAUAGAUAAGCUUGGAUUCGGAAUGUCACGACUGGGAUUUGGUGCUGUUCCCCAAGCUUCCUCUACUCAGAACAAGGUCAAUGUUUCAUCUCGAAUGACUGGUUUCGGCUCCAACCCACGUAGCUUUGACGAUGAAACUACAUCAGAAUCCACCUCAGCUCGUGACAAAUUUUCAAACGCUAAAGCUAUCUCUUCCGAUCAAUACUUUGGUCGUGGAAACUACGAUGAAAGCGCCUCUGCUGAAGCAAGAACUCGACUCGCCCAAUUCAAAGGCGCUAAUUCCAUUUCGUCUAGCCAGUACUUUGGACGUGAUGAAGACGAAAUGGCCCCUCGAAAUUCAUCUAACCCUGCUGGAUACGAGUGGGAUGAUUUGCAAGAUCACGCUACAGACCUUGCUCGUAAGUUUGUAGAUCAAGCCUCUGCUGAUGUUGGUGCCCUUAAGGACAUUGUUGAACAAGGAACCUCCAAGUUGUCGGACAUGCUGCAAGAUCUUCAGAGCCGCUAUAACUAUUAAAUUCUUUCUCUCAUUUUCUAUCUAAAUGCAUCGACAGCCCUCACAGUAGAUCCAAUCAUUUCUAUUUGCCAUGGUCCAUCUUUCGUACGUCUUUGAAUGAAACCCCAGCGCCAUGACGAUAUAAGUAUUGGGAACAAAAAAAGAGGAUCAUAAACAUAAUCAUCCUUACCAUGCUGUUAUUGUAAUAAAGUUUACAUUUGAUAUCCUUAUCACUCCACCGAGUUGUUU